CUGUGGUUCCGGUAGGGUCGAUCACCGGGAUGUGUACUCGCGCCUUUACACAUUCGAACUUCGACUCUCGUACCGCGCGCGCGUAAAUUAAUUGACAGAUUGUUUUUUUUAUCGCGCGGAAAAAGUGACAAAGAUUUUCGUGUGACACUAAUUAUGCAUAUUUUAAUGCGGGUCCUGAAUGUGAUUAAAAUUUGAAUUUAAAGUGCUGUGAACUUACGGAUUUGAAAAUGUGUUCGAAAAUUUGUGUUUGGAAUUUCUUGAUCCUAGUCAUCGCAGCGGCGGAUGCUGUCCAGCGGUUCGUGGAGCUGCCGACUUACACGGAGGUGAACCCUGGAGAGGAUGCCCUGCUGAAGUGCAGGAUAUCAGACAAGAAGGGGAUCUGUUCGUGGCAGAAGGAUAAUAAGCCAGUGGGCAUCUACCGGGGGAAGUACGAGUGGGCGAACGAGGACAGUCCCCUGGGUGGUGACUGCUCUAUCUGGGUGCGAGCCGCCACGCUGCAGCUGGACGACGGCCAGUGGCAGUGCCAGGUUACCGCUAGCAACUAUGAUGUGCAGGAUGCACUCUCCAGUCCCCCUGCAGCCCUGGCCGUCCGUGUUCCUCCUCAAUCGCCUCGGAUCCUUUUCAACGGCUCCCACCUGAUGCCUGGACAGAACAUUACUGUGGCAGCUGGUUCUCGAGCUACGGUGGUCUGCGAGGCCAGAUACGGCAACCCGCCGGCGUACAUCGAGUGGUAUUUAGAGAAAGAACGCCUAACCGCCUGGAGCCAGACCAACGCGUCGGAGGUGGAGCGGCCCAGGGUAUGGGCUGCGAGAUCUGUUCUGGAGCUGGGUGCUACCCGGUCCUCGCAUGGAAGACAGCUGGCCUGCAGAGCCCAUCAUCCCUCAUUCCCUUCACCAUAUUAUAGGGAUUCUUACACCAUGCUGGAUGUUACCUUCGUCCCCGAAGUCACCAUCACGGGCGCGGACGCGAGCUCCCUGUCCUCCCUGGAGGAGGGCUCCAGCGCUUUGACCCUCGAGUGCCGCGCCUUCGGCAACCCCAGCCCCUACGUGUGGUGGACGAAGGACGGCCAGGUGGUCGGGACGAACGGACCCAAGCUCAUCCGCGCACCGGUUAACAGGAAUGAUUCUGGGAUCUACGGUUGUCAAGCGAGGAAUUCGUUGGGCACAUCGGAAGCAGUGAAAAUGGAAAUUGAUGUUAAAUAUCCUCCCCGCGUCACCUGGGUCGGACCUGACACGGUGGUCGAAGCGAGCCUGUUCUCCUCCGUCACACUGGAGUGUAGAGCUGAGGGGAACCCAGCACCUAACUACCAGUGGUACCACAUACCGAACCCAUCGUCUACCAAUAUUGAGGAGGGCUACCACAUCUCUUCAACCCCUCAGCUCCUGCUUCACAACGUCUCUUACACGCAACACGGCAGAUACACCUGCGUAGCUAUCAAUGAAAUUGGUCUUCAAGAACGACGGCACCAGUCCGAAGGCAUCACUCUGAACGUGCUGGGUCCUCCAGUGGGUGCGGAGGUGGGGGCUGCUGUGGGCUGGCGAGGGGGGGAGGCGCGGGUGACGGUGGCGGUCUGCGCGGACCCCCCACCGCGACGAGCCGCCUGGAGGUGGGGAAGCAGAAGUCUGAGAGUACCGUCUCAUGUUGGUCCCCCCGAAUACCCUCAUUUAUCUUCAUCAUCAUACAUUGAAGGUCGCUACCAAGCCCUGGAGUCAGUCAGCAUCGCGGGCUGCUACCGUUACACACUCCUCGUCAGCGACGUCAGCCUGUCUGACGCGAGAGUCUACACCCUGGACGUGGAGAACGAGAGGGGCUUCUCCACGCACUCUGUGACAUUGACCGUGCAUGAUAAUUUUUCGCUAACAGAGACCGCUCACGUGGCGCCUCUGAUCGCGGCCGCGCUGGUGCUGGCGGCGCUGCUGGUGCUCGUACUGUGCCUCAUCCUGCGCUGCCGCCGCCGACGAGAAAGCGUCGAAUACAAGACUGACGAAUUAGAUAGCGAGAAGACAGUCCUGCCAGCGGACGCGGUAUACUCGCCGCACCAGCCGCAGCCGCGGGCUCAGCCGGACCCGCGGUACUCGCCCGGCGCGCUGCAGGUGCGCCGCGCCACCGUCGUGCUGCAGCCGCCGACCACUGUGUGAAGCACGGGGCAGCCUUGUCAUCGUUGCAGAGAGAAGCCAAAGAAAAUGUAUAUGCGGUACUAGACCCGCACAUACAGUAUGAACUAACUAUAAAUAAUCACGGGGAACCGCCUAAGUAUUUAUCCUUGUCUAAACCUCUAACGCAC